AUGGCUGGGUCACUUCAUUCUGUGUUUACAAACCUAAAAACUGCAAUACCAGGUAUGGCAUGCAUAAAAUGUUCCUGUCACAUGAUACAUUUAUCUUCCUCAAAAGCUUGUUUAAAGCUUCCACGGUCAAUCGAAGACUUAUUACGUAAUAUUGGAUCACAUUUCAGUAGAAGUUAUUCGCGUCAAAUUAAGUUUAGAGAGUUUCAAGAAUUUUUUCACAUUGAAAUUCAUAAAAUAUUAUCGCCAUGCACAACUCGUUGGUUGUCACUAAAAGCAUUUGUGGAUAGAAUAUUAGAACAAUUUCCAGCUCUAAAAGAAUAUUUUAGACUUUCAAGUUUUGAGGACCCUUCUAAAACACUAGAACAAAUCCAUAAUACUAUAGAAAAUUAUUUUACCAUUAUAUACUUAGAAUUUAUGUCUUACUCGCUAGGUCUCUUAACAAAUUUUAAUAAAUUAUUUCAAAGUGAAGGCCCUCUACUAUAUAUGUUAAAACCAGAAAUUGAAAAACUGUUAAAAAUAGUGGUAAUGAAUUACCAUAAUAGUUUCACCUCAGAACAUUCAAUAUCAUGUUCCAUUAAGUGA